AUGGAGUCCAUGCUGAACAAACUGAAGAGCACGGUCACAAAAGUGACUGCGGACGUCACCAGCGCCGUCAUGGGCAACCCGGUCACGCGGGAGUUCGAGGUAGGCCGACACAUCGCCAGCGGCGGUCCUGGCAUGUGCUGGAGGAUCUACAACGGCACCAAGAAGUCCACCAAGCAGGAAGUGGCCGUGUUUGUCUUUGACAAGAAGAUGAUUGACAAGUACCAGAAGUUUGAAAAGGAUCAAAUUGUGGACUCGCUGAAGCGAGGGGUGCAACAGCUGACCCGACUGCGACACCCGCGUCUCCUGACUGUUCAGCAUCCUUUGGAGGAGUCACGGGACUGUCUGGCCUUCUGCACAGAACCGGUUUUCGCCAGUCUGUCCAACGUGCUGGGCCACUGGGACAACCUUCCUAGCCCCGUUCCCAACGACAUCAAGGAGUACAAACUGUACGACGUUGAGACCAAGUAUGGACUGCUGCAGAUCUCUGAGGGUUUGUCCUUCCUGCACAGUGGAGUGAAAAUGGUUCACGGCAACUUAUGUCCAGAGAACAUUAUUCUGAAUAAGAGUGGAUCAUGGAAGAUUAUGGGUUUUGACUUCAGUAUUUCAUCCAGCAAUCCGUCUGACAAUGAACCCAAGUUCUCCUGUAAGGAAUGGGAGCCCAACCAGCCACCUCUGUGCCUGCCCAACCCCGAGUACCUGGCGCCCGAGUACAUCCUUUCAGUCAGCUGCGACACGGCCUCCGACAUGUACUCUCUGGGCGUGGUGGCGCAUGCUAUCUUCAACGAGGGCAAACCCGUUUUUGCCGUUAACAAGCACGACAUCUUCAAAAGCUUUAGCCGGCAGCUCGACCAGCUCACCAACAUAAGUCCGGCACUGUUGAACAAACUCCCAGAGGAGGUACGCGACCAUGUAAAAAUGCUACUCAGCGUCUCGCCCAACGUGCGCCCCGAUGCCGACCAGAUGACCAAGAUUCCGUUUUUUGACGACGUGGGCGCGGUGACGCUGCAGUAUUUUGAUUCGCUCUUCCAGAGAGACAAUCUGCAAAAGUCUCAGUUCUACAAGGGCCUCCCUAAAGUCCUACCCAAGCUCCCCAAGCGAGUAGUGGUCUACCGCAUCCUUCCGGCUCUUUCAUCGGAGUUCGUCAACCCGGACAUGGUCCCCUUCGUGCUACCUAACGUGCUGCUCAUCGCCGAGGAGUGCACCAAGGACGAGUACGUCCGCCUUAUCCUGCCCGAUCUAACACCAGUCUUCAAGCAGCAGGAGCCCAUCCAGGCUAGCAACAUGAUUCUACUCAUCUUCUUGCAAAAAAUGGACCUGCUCUUGACCAAAACGCCGCCGGAGGACAUCAAGAACAGCGUUCUGCCAAUGGUUUAUCGAGCUCUUGAAGCCCCGUCCGUGCAGAUCCAGGAGCUGUGCCUCAACAUCAUCCCCACAUUCGCCAACUUAAUCGACUAUCCGUCCAUCAAGAACGCUCUCAUCCCCCGUAUAAAAUCCGCCUGCCUGCAGACGUCUUCGCUCGCCGUGCGUGUCAACUCGCUAGUGUGUCUGGGAAAGAUCCUGGAGUACAUGGACAAGUGGUUUGUCAUUGAUGAGAUCUUGCCCUUCCUGCAGCAGAUUCCCUCCAGGGAACCGGCGGUGCUCAUGGGAAUCCUUGGCAUCUACAAGUGCACCUUCAGUCACAAGAAGCUGGGCAUCCCCAAGGAGAACCUGGCAGGUAAAAGCCUGCCACACUUGGUGUCGCUUAGCAUUGACAGCAAUCUCAACCUCAAUCAGUUCAACUCCUUCAUGGUGGUCAUCCGAGAAAUGUUGAGUCGCAUGGAGGCCGAGCACAAGACCAAGCUGGAGCAGCUGCACAUCAUGCAGGAGCAGCAGAAGAGUUUGAACAUAACCGCCACAGGGAAACCGUCAGAGGAGACCAAGAACCCGUCGACGUCACACCAGGUAGAUUCUUUCAAGUCAAGAGCAAGAAAUAUCGAUGACAUUUUUGGCAGCGCGGGGGUGAACGGGAAGGAGAACGGAUCUUCGACCGUAGCCCCGCAGCCUAAUAGAAUGUCUUUGACUCUGGAGGAAAAACAGCGACUGGCUAAAGAGCAGGAGCAAGCGGCCAAACUGAGAAGUCAGCAGCCGCUGGCGCCACAGAGCGUCAAACCGACGGCUUCCACCAACUCCAAGACGAAAGAUCUAACCAGCAGCCUGCUCAACAACAUGGCUUCCCUAAACAGUAUGUCGUUAUCCAACACGCCACGACCGCCGAUGGUGCAGGCCUCACCGGGCAUGUCCGCCUUCCCCUCGCCGUCCGUGGGCGGCCCGAUAUCCAACGGCUUCAACUUUUCGUCAUCACCGGGCGUGGGGAUGAACAUGCGGCCGUCGGGUUCCAACAUCUAUGGUGGCAUGGGCACCACCGCCAGCACCCCCAACUUUGGCGCCCUAGCGCAGAAUAACAGCCAGAUGAACAUGUCGGCGUUGGACAACCUUUUCACGUCCAACAAGCCCAAAGUGUCCCUCAACCAAAUGGCGCCCGCGAGCGGCAACCCAUGGCUCGGCCAGUUCGCCACGGCCCCAAACGCUCAGCCCGCCAUGCAGGGAGCUCCGGCGGCAGGAUUCGGAAUGCAGGCGAACCCUUUUUUCAGUCCGCAGAACUUCUCCCAAACCCCCGUCGCCGCCAACCAAAGCGGACUAAAGCACAGCACGUCCGCGAACAAUGACCUGAAAGACUUGUUUGGCUGA